AUUUCCGAAUGUUUGACAUGUGGGGGUGUGCAACACAGGAAGAGGCCCCCGAAAGACCUUCCCCCCAGAGGUUGCCGGCGUAUUUAAGUUGAGGGGGUCUGAACGCUUCCCCCGCUUGUCUCAGGAGCCUCACAACCCAACUUCUUGCAUCUUGUCCUCAAACGAAACCACAGCUACUUGAUUUAUUCCCUACGAGGACUUCGCAGCUAUGGUGUCCCUCAAGCAGAUCGACUGGAUGGGCGCCACCCUGCUCACAAUUACACCAAUAAUGGCACUCUACGCCGCCUUCUUCGUUCCUCUGAACACCAAGACGGCGAUCUGGAGUAUCAUAUACUACUUCUUCUCCGGACUGGGCAUCACUGCUGGUAGUACUUGACAUGGACUUUUAGCAUCGCCGCGAAAUAUCCUGCUGAACUCAACUCUCGUCUUGACAUUUUCAGGUUACCAUCGCCUCUGGUCGCAUCGGUCGUAUGAAGCGCGCCGACCAUACGAGCUUUUCAUGGCACUGGCUGGCGCUAGCGCCUGUCAAGGAUCUAUCAAGUGGUGGAGUCGACACCACCGAUCUCACCACCGUUAUACCGACACCGACUUUGACCCAUACGGGCCCCAGAAGGGAUUCUGGCACUCACAUAUCUUGUGGAUGUUCAUCAAGGAGGACACUAAGAAACGUGGAAAGGUCGACAUGAUGGAUUUGAACAACGACCCCGUUGUGAUGUGGCAACACCGCAACUUCGUCCCGCUCAUGUUGUUCUUUGGCUUUGUGUUCCCAAUGCUCGUUCCCGGACUCGGCUGGGGCGACUGGAAGGGCGGAUACUUUUGGUCCACAAUCACCCGUCUCGUCUUUACCCACCACGCCACUUUCUGCGUGAACUCCUUGGCACACUGGCUCGGAGAGGAGAGCUUCGACGACCGUCAUACCCCGAAAGACCACUUCAUCACCGCCAUCCUGACGCUCGGAGAAGGCUACCACAACUUCCACCACGAGUUCCCAUCUGACUUCCGAAACGCCAUCAAAUUCUGGCAGUAUGACCCCACCAAGUGGCUCAUAUGGCUCUGCUCUUGCGUUGGCUUGACAUAUAACCUGAACAAGUUCCCCGACAACGAGGUUCAGAAGGGAAGGCUGCAGAUGCAGGCCAAGAAGAUCGAAGAUUUGAAGAAGAAAUUGAACUGGGGAACCCCGCUUGAGAAGCUUCCAGAACUUACUUUCGAAGAUGUCCAAUCACAAAUUAGGGACAACGGAAAGCAGCUUACAAUCAUCGAUGGAGUUAUCUACAACGUUGACGGGUUCGCAGAGAACCACCCAGGUGGCCGUAUCUUCAUCAAGUCCGCCAUCGGACGGGAUGUUACCAAUGCCUUCAACGGAGGUGUCUACAACCACCACAACGCGGCCCGUAACCUGCUCUCCGGCUUCCGAUACGGAGUUCUCAAGGGCGAAGUUCCGUCCGCAAACAAAUCGAAGGAUGAAUGAAAACUGCGUAGCGAAAAUUCCUUAGAUUAGAAACAACGUCAUCGAGGGCAAUGUUAUCAUUCUCCUUCCCAUUUUUGCGGGCUAUACCCACCCUGUGUCUCAUGUAAUAGGUCCUGCAGGUUCACUGCAGUAGCGGCUGUAUGUAGCGGAUUCCCUAAUUUUGUACCAUUUUGCAAAUACCACUGUAAGCUCAUCGAUAUCAACCGUACCGCUCGUUUACGAUGCCAGGUUGCUUCCGUAAUAAUGUGAUCAAAUCAGAAAAUUUCGACAGCGCGAACACGGAAAAGCUGUC